GUGCGUGCGCGCGUGAGGCGAACCGGUCCGAGUGAGGCGCGGCUGCAGCGGCGGCAGCGGCGGCAGCGGCGGCCCCGGUAACGGACGGCCUCUCCCAGACUCCUCUCCUCCCACGGCCUCGCUCGCCCCCGCCGGCGUGAUCUGAUCAAGUCAUGGACCUGCGACAGUUUCUCAUGUGCCUAUCCCUAUGUACAGUCUGUGCCUUGAGCAAACCCACAGAGAAGAAGGAAAGAGUACACCAUGAGCCUCAGCUCAGUGACAAGCCUCAUGAUGAUGCCCAGAAUUUUGACUAUGACCAUGAUGCAUUCCUGGGUGCAGAAGAGGCAAAGACCUUUGAUCAGCUGACACCAGAGGAGAGCAAGGAGCGGCUUGGAAUGAUUGUAGAUAAAAUAGACGUGGAUAAAGAUGGGUUUGUGACCGAGGGGGAGCUGAAAUCCUGGCUUAAGCACACCCAGAAGAAAUACAUGUCUGACAAUGUUGAACGCCAAUGGCAGGAGUUUGACAUGAACCAAGACGGCUUAAUCUCCUGGGAUGAGUACAGAAACGUGACCUAUGGCACUUACCUGGAUGAUCCAGACCCUGAUGAUGGGUUUAACUAUAAACAGAUGAUGAUGAGAGAUGAGCGGAGAUUCAAAAUGGCUGACAAAGAUGGAGAUCUCAUUGCCACAAAGGAAGAGUUCACAGCUUUUCUUCACCCUGAAGAAUAUGACUACAUGAAAGAUAUAGUUGUUCAGGAAACAAUGGAGGACAUAGAUAAGAAUGCCGAUGGUUUCAUUGAUCUGGAAGAAUACAUUGGUGACAUGUAUAGCCAUGAUGGAAAUGCUGAUGAGCCAGAGUGGGUGAAGACAGAGCGUGAGCAAUUUGUGGAAUUCCGAGAUAAAAAUCGUGAUGGGAAGAUGGAUAAAGAGGAAACCAAAGACUGGAUCCUACCUUCUGACUAUGAUCAUGCAGAAGCUGAGGCCAGGCACCUGGUUUAUGAAUCAGACCAGAACAAGGAUGGCAAACUUACCAAGGAGGAGAUCGUUGACAAGUACGAUUUGUUUGUGGGCAGCCAAGCCACAGAUUUCGGUGAAGCCUUAGUACGACAUGACGAAUUCUGAAUUGUUGACAGACAAAACCCAUUUUUCUUCAAAAGUAAUUUAUUUUUUACAGCUUCUGGUUUCACAUGAAAAUCGUUUUCGCUACUGAGACUGUUAUUACAAACUUUAAAGCAGUGAAAAAACACAACAGCAAAACCUAUCCCGUCCCCUUUCCUCCUCCCAAAGGGACUGGAGGGACAUUCUGUGCUUCUGAUGAGAAACUGUAAUUAGGACACUUGUGUUUUUUAGAUUUACACUUUGUUUUACGUGUAAUAAGUUGUGUUUAUUUUUGUAUUUGUUUGCUGGUUGGGAGUCUGAAAUGAAGGGUGCCCAUCCUCACCUCACACUCACAGGCUCACAUUGGUUUAUCAUCAUCCCCAACCCUUUCUAUAAUUUUUUGUACUUUUUACUUAGCUAACUAAUUUUGUAAAGCCUAAGAUCAACAAGAAAAAGUCCAGAGGAGGGAAAAAGAAAAAUGUGCCCUGCAUUUCAUAGCAAAGAGACAACAUCCUGGCACUUGUCUGCCCCAAAGUAUGCCAUUUCCCAGCUGGUUAUUGUGACCAGUUAGCUCUCCUGUGCCUGACCCUCCUCAGCGUGUCCGGGCAAGGAAAGAUUCUUAUUCGUAAACCCAGACCAAGCUUGCCCUGAUGCAGGUUUUCUCUGCUGAAGAAGCUGUAUUUACACAUUCUGACGAGCACAGCUGGGCUGAAAAGGGUUAGGAACAGUGACUUGAAAAUCAAUCAUGUAGUGGGUUUGAUCUUUCCUUUCACAAAGUUAUUGCUUAGGGACAGCUGGAGAACUGAAGGAAAAGGAGACCAGUCUCUUCAUUGUCUCUCUCAGGUCUAUGUGGAUCUGCUCGUUGAAGUACCCAGGGCAAGCUUGUAUGAUGGCUGUUGAGGUCAUCUUACUUUCUGCUGAGUGGCCAGCCAGCCUGCAGGCGGGUGAUAGACUCCCCCAUGCCAGACUCUCCAGGCCGGCCUGGUAGCACUGGGCAAAUGACUUCUGCUUCAAAUAGUUAGGAUUUACUCCUUUCCAAUCAUGUCAUUGAAGUGCCUUUACUUGCCAGGAGAAAUGAUCAGUGAAGGCAUUUCUUUUAUGGAACCCCAAGGGAAAAUGGGCUCAAAUGGAGUGUUGGUUUGGAGCAGAGAAAGUCCUCCUGUAAAUGCACCAUGUGAAAGCUGCUGAGCUCAGAAGCGCCCCGGUGCAGGAUGGGGUAUUCUUGUUUCCCUCUUACAGUAUUAGUAAAAAAUCUCAGUUGCAGUGUUCUUUAUAUCCUUGUGGGCUGGUUUCCUAAAACCACAUGCUGCCGAAUUUACCAGGGAUCCUCAUACCUCACAAUGCAAAACCACUUAUUCCCACUUUUCUACUAGAUGAAAAUUGCGCAGGCCUCAGUCGUGUCACCGAGGGAACUCCAUGGCUCAGGUCUAGAGAUGGGAAUACCCCUAAUAUAUGGCUUUCCUGGCAGGGCCCCUAUGGUUUGAGUGCCAUAGCCCACACCAACAAUCCCCCCCCCCCAUAAAACUUUUCAUGGCUAAGCAGGCUGCCAACCCUUCUUAGAGGAGAAGGGGAAAAAUUGGAAAGCUUUAUAUUUUCCAGUUAAGUAUGGUCAAAGAAAUGGUUCUUUUUCAACUCCACAGACUCCCUUCCUCGCUGCUUCAUACAACACUAACUAUAUCUUUUGAGGGACCUUAAUUGUAGGUCCUCUUAUGAAAACACAUUUUGUGUUCCAGGUGAGCAAUUUUUGGGUCACUAAGACGUGUAUAUAUCCUUUAUUACUUCAUGUAUCUCUUUAUAGAUAACAUGCCUUUGAUAUAACUUGAUAGCAUCAGGUGGAACUGGGUGAAUACUCUAAACAAAAUCAGGACUUUGAUCUUCUAAUGGCCAUGUUGAGAAAGACUGGUUAGUCUGGGUGACUCUUAUCUGUUAGGUUCAACCCCUGAUUUGAGGACCUGUGCCCUACUAGACCCCCAGUUUUGGUGCCAAACUGGCUGAAGAUGCCUAAUGGUCCAUACCCCAGCCUCGGCUUACUUAAUGCAGUUCAGUCAUGAGUUAUGUGGGGAGGGUUCACACAGCAGGCUACCUGCACAGAGCUCAGCUCUAGUUUUUAAAUCACCCACCCAAAGAGUGAAUCUUAGCAUAUUACAGCAGCAGUGAUUUCUGCAUGCUGGGUGCUCAGCGGCGUGUAUUUUACUUCAAUCCCUCAUGAAGCCCCUGGCUUAUUUUUGGUUUCAAGAAAGCAUGAAGCUGAUGAGCAAACAGGCCAUACCCCACACAGCGUGUGUCCUGUAAAUGCUAGUUCUCUUCUUGAUUUGGGUGUUUUGGGUUUUUUUUAUGGAGUGUAAACCAAGUUUUAUAUUCUGUAAUGCAAACAGGUUCCUAUCUGUUUCUCAAUAAAACUGUUUACAUUCAUUGUA